AUGACCGAUGUGGUAGCCUCGACGGAGGCUUACACCAAAGCCCUCCUACACUGCUAUAAAUACCCUUCUCAGGCGGUCCUGGGCUUUCUGGUAGGGAAGCACACGGGGGCUGGGAAUGCGCAGCGCUACGUCAGCGACGUCUACCCGCUUUUUCACUCGAUUCCAAUGGGGUCGCCGCACCCGAUGCUCGAGGUGGCCUACGCGCACUGCGAGUCCUCCGCGAAGACCCAUGGCCUUUCCCUCCUCGGCGUCUACCUCGCGAACGAGCGGCGGACCGAUCGCGUGCUCUCCCCCCUUCAAACGCAGCCGCUUCUUCGGUAUUUUUCCUCUCGCUUGGACAGCGCGGUGUUGGUGUGGUUUAUUGACAACGACAGCCUGACGGGGCCCCCGACGGGGCGCUCGAUCACGGCGUUUGAGUACUCGGCCGGGGGCGGGGCGUCGGUCGGGUCGCCGGUGCCGCGGCCGAGCGAAAUGCCCCCCGCGGCGUGGCUGUCUUUUGGGGAGUGGAACUCCGAUACGCUGUCGGCGGAUAAGCCCGUCAGCGAGGAGGCCGCGCUGGAGUCCGUCAACAACGCGCUCGAGGCUUUUGCCCAGUUCAAGCUGGCGGACUUCGAGGACCACCUGGAGGAUCCGCGGCUGGAUUAUAUCGGCCAGCCCUUGUCUUCUCUGAUGAAUCGUAAGUAA